UUUGACUCCCGACAGAGAACGGAAGUAGUGACUCAGGAGAACAACCGACCACAACACACUCUUGAGGAGAGGAACUGAGGAGCUGUGGAGUAGGUGCUUUAUGUGCACAAACAACGUAAAUAUAUACCAAAAGAAGAGCGGAUUCCCGUAUAUAAUAAAUGAAGGGAACACGAGUGUCACACAAAACAAGAAAUGAUACUAAGAAAUUUUUACCAGCGGUGUUACAGUGUGUCUGUCCGAUCAAGUCACACACUGUCGUCAGUCUGCUGCAACAGUUAUGGUGACAGGCAGCCAUGUGUGAUCGCUGCUCAUACAAUACCAGCAGGGACUUCAUUCUGCUGGUACCAAACUACAGCUCCUUUAUGGCCAGAAGUGCAGCAGAAAUUACGCACAAGACACAGUAACAGCUUACCAUCAGGGGACAUGACCGUGUCUACAAAAAUCACGUCGCCCGGCAGCAGAGAACCACCAGACACAGUUGACCAGGAACAAGUAUUGGAUGAGGGAGAAUUCACUGAUAACUCACAUUUGGAAGACAGAGGAAGUACUAGAACAAGAAGUUUAAUCAAGAAAGUAAAUGUUAGUGAAGAUGUCAUAGAAGAUUUGACUAAAUUAUUGGACAUCAGCUGUGAUGAAGCUCUCCAUAUAGUGCAUCCCAGUGACAUUCUUGAGGUGUCUGAUGAGGCCUUAAGGGAAACUGUGCACUUUUUAAAGGAUCACAACAUCACCUCACAACAGUUAAAACGGGUUCCCUGGAUUCUCUUAGAGUCUACAGAUAGUCUUCAUAAAAAAUUCCAGAAGCUAACAGAGCCGUACAUGUUCCAAAACUGGUCAGACGGUUUAGGAUUUUGUCACUUUACGGUGGAGAGGAUGGAAGCUUACCGGAAAAUUUUUAUGUCUGAGGCAAAUAAUUUUCCUGAUCACCCCAAUCGUAUAUACUACUUGGCGGAGAAGUUAAAGGUCCCUGUUGAGCAGCUCACAGAGAAGAUCAUCAAACCCCACAAGAUUCUAAAAAUUAAAAUUUCACGACUGAACCAAUUGCUUGAUAUUUUUCACGAGUACGGGGUGCCUCCGGAAGACCUCCUCUCUGAUUUGUGGGUGUUCUUCUAUAAUACUGAGAAGAUAGAAGUGAGGUUACAACGAGUUGCUCAGUUGGGUAUCCACGCACCCAAGCCUUGGAUGUGUCGUUGUUCCUUGGAAAUAUUUGAGAGAUUCUGUGAACGCUUUACUACAGAGAAGAGGCUCAUGGGUGAUCACAAGGACUUGCUAGGAUAUUUGUCAGAAAGGUUGGAGUGUGAGCCGAAGAUGAUCACCAAGCACCUACGGAGUAAUACUGUGUUGAGAAAGAUACACAUCAGCAAGUUGCAGAGAAUCCUCGACCUUUUUUACUCCGAGGGACUUAGCUCUGAGGACGUCAGGUCAUGCAUACGAGUGUUACAGUACUCAGAGGAGAGAACAGCACAGAGGAUCAAGGAGCUGAAGGAGGUCGGUUUCUUCCCAUUUCCCAUUAUUUUGUUAUGCAAGACGCCCGCUAACUUCAAGAAGAUUGUUGACCGCUUCAAGGAACAACAAGCUAUAUUGAACUCUCAAGUGAAUAAUUAAAAUUACCGGUAAACCCUUCCAAUACCAGACUAAUUGUUGCAAGCUUUGUCCAUUAUUGGGAGAAUUCUGUCAUUGAGAAUACUUGCCAUCGAGAAGUCUGCUAUUGAGAGGGUUUACUGUAUUUAUUACUUUAUUGAGAGCAUUUAUUGGAGCAAACAAUUUAUUGUUGUUCAAAGCUCAUGAUUUAUACAACAAAUACUGUACAUGCCAUUAUUAUUUGUGUGAAUCACAAAAAUAAAGAAUCUUUAUA